GAGACAGGGAGAAAUGGAGGGAGGGGGAGGGAAAGACUGAAGGGCCGAGAGAAGGUGAUGUCAGCUGGGUUCAGAAAGUAAACAGAGUUCCAGACUGCAGCAUGCUGUCUGCCGGACGGAGACUGCAGCUGGGGCAAACCCAUGGGGGCACCCACACAAUCCGCUGGACUAGCACCUUUAUAUCUGGGAAGGAGGGCUGGUUCCUCUUCUUCUCCCUCUUCAUCCUUGUUUCCUUACCCCAGGGGACAGCCUGGCCCUACGAUUACAGGUAUUUGUACAACCACUGCCCGGGCCCAGAGUGGAACGUUAUGUGCAGAGGCUGCUGUGAGUAUGAUGUGAUCCGCUGUAAAUGCCCCCUGCAGGGGACUCCAGUGGGCUAUGCAGUGCCAUGCUGUCGCAACGCCAUCAACGAGUGUGACCCCUGCAUCAUCCAUCCGGGUUGCAGUAUAUUUGAGAACUGUAAGCGCUGCAACAAUGGGACAUGGGGCCCCAGGGAUGACUUCUUCAUUAAUGGCAAAUACUGCGCUGAGUGUCGGCCUGGCUGGUCUGGUGGAGACUGCAUGAAGUGUGGAGGAGUGAUCCGUAAGCGGCAGGGCCAUUUGGUGCUGGAGAGUUACCCCAACAAUGCUCGGUGUGAGUGGACCAUACAGGUGGACCGCCCCUUUACCAUAGACCUCAGGUUCAUGAUGCUGAGUCUGGAGUUUCACCAGUCUUGCCGCUAUGACUAUGUGGAGGUCCGAGAUGGCGACAGCAUAAACUCACGUGUUAUUGGUCGAUUCUGCGGGAGCAGCAGACCUGCCCCAGUCCAGAGCUCUGGCAACAGUCUGCACAUACUCUUUGUGUCUGAUGGCUACAAGAACUUUGACGGAUUCUUUGCCACUUUCCAGGAGAGCUCAGCUUGCAGCUCCUCUCCUUGCCUGCAUGAUGGGACUUGUAUCCUGGACAGUUCAUACACUUACCACUGUGCCUGUCUGGCUGGCUACACAGGCAAGAGAUGUGAAAAUGUGGUGGGUUGCCACAGGCCUCCAGUGCCCACCCAUGGAUCCACAGAGGGUUUGUUUCAUCACUCGGGGGCACGCAUCACUUUCCGUUGUGACCCUGGCUUUGAGCUGCGGGGAUUUCGUUCUGCCAUCUGCCUGAGUGAUGGAACAUGGAGUGCGCCUGCCCCAGAGUGUGUGCCAGUGGAAAGAGUAUGUACUUUACCACCCAAGCCCACACAUGGUGACCACUUCUUGGUUUAUGGGCCCAAUGAUGUCCUGAUUGCUCUACAGUACCUUUGCCACCAGCCCUUUGAGCUCAGUGGGAACUCCCAGAGAACCUGUCUCCCUAACAACACCUGGAGUGGGACUCCUCCUGUUUGCACCCAAGUGAAUAAUACUCUCACUGAAGCAGAAAAGGACAAAGACAAGGCAAAAGAGACAGAAACACAUACAUACAGUGACAAAGAUAUCAGCAAAACUAAAGAGAAAGGUCAAGAGAACACAGCUGGAAAAAAAGAAAGUGCUGGAGGGGAAGAUAUAAACACUGGGCACGAGAACACAACAGCAGUCAACAGAGAAGAUAAAUAUACUGGUACCAUUCCAGAGAAAACUGCGGCUGAGGGUGGGAAUGAAGGAGAGCCAGAGGGAGAAAAUACUGGGUCAGAGAACCCCACUGGAGGCAGCAAAGACAAAGUGGAUAGUAAAGGCUCAGACAACAACCUGAAUACGGUUGAAAAGAAAGAACCUGAGGUAGCAAAGCCACCCGAGAAAACAGAAGGCAGCCCAGAAACAAAGUUAGAGACUGGAAAAACCGAUAUCACGGAAAUUGUUGUGAUAAAAGACAAAGGACAAGAAGAGAAGGAAAGGAAAGAGGAGCAGGUGAAUGGAAAAAAAGAUCCAGAUAAAGUUGGCCCUAAUGAUACCAAGCUGAGGACGGUCAUAGCUGAGGGUGAAAACACAGUGGAGAUAUUUAAAGUGGAAAUUACAAAAAAUGACACAGUCAUGUAUGAUACAAAGGAUGCAAAGAAAGAAAAUAAUAGCAUAGGUUCUCCAGAGCCGGGGAGGAAAAUCAUUCCUACUAGAGUCAACAAUACACAGUACACCAUGUACAGAGCGGGAGGUGAGGGAAGUGGGAAACCAAAGCAAAAACCAACAAUUAAAGAGGACAAGACAGAGAAGGAUCCUGCUGAAAAAACAAAGGAGGAGCUGGAGAAGGAAAGGGAGCAGGAAGAAAAAGAAAAGGAGAAGGAAGCCAACCAAAGCUUUGCCGAGAAAGGCUGCCCGCCUCUCCCUCGCCUCUACCAUGGCUACCAUCGUCUUGUGCCUGGGGUAGAGCCUGAAACAGUGGAGUUCUUCUGUAACCACUCCUAUGCUCUCAGUGGCGAUACCCGACGUACUUGCCAGCCAGAUGGUACCUGGGGUGGCAAACAGCCGCUCUGUGUCAGAGCAUGUCGGGAGCCCAAAGUAUCAGAGCUGGUUAAACACAGAGUCCUGCCACCACAGGCACCAUUCAGAAAGACACCUGUGCACAAGCUCUACUCCUCUGGGCUGGGCCGACAACUCCAGUCUGACAGCCCCACCAAAGGCCCACCAGUGCUUUUCCACCUGCCCCAGGGCUUCCACCACCUCUACACACAUAUAGAGUAUGAGUGUGCCUCUACGUUCUACCAACACUCUGGCAGUUCUCGCCGCACUUGCUUGAAGACUGGGAAAUGGAGCGGGCGUCAUGUGUCCUGUUCACCAGUGUGUGGGAAGCAUCCAACCUUUGACCCAGAGAGGCCAGCAGAGGCUCACUGGCCUUGGCUGGCAGCCAUCUAUCGCCGCUCCACCAACGGAGCUCAGACAAAGGUGACCAAGGCAGACAGCCAGGCAGGGUCCCUGAAGAGCAACGAUGGAGCAGGAACUGGCAACCAUGAUCAGGCUUCUGACUGGCAGCUAGUGUGCAGCGGGGCUCUGGUGAACCAAAGGAGUGUGGUUGUUGCAGCCCACUGUGUGACAGAGCUGGGGAAGGUGUAUCCCCUGGAUGCAGCCAAGAUCAAGGUGGUGGUAGGGAAGCACUACCGUGAUGACCACAGGGACAGUAAAGGUCUUCAGCACCUGAGGGUGGCCUCCAUUGCUGUUCAUGCAAACUACGACCCCCAUAUUCUUGACUCUGAUAUGGCUGUGGUCAAGUUACUGGACAAAGCAAGGAUCGGGGAGAAGGUCCUGCCCCUCUGCCUCUCAGACAGCCAGGGAGAAGAUGUGACCUCUGAACAGGGACUUGUGAUGGGCUGGUCUCCGCUGCCUGAUUCAAAUUUAGGUCGCGAUGAGAAGGCAAGGGUUGGGCUUGUUCACCUUGCCGAUAUAGUCCCAUGUGAGCAGCAGUAUGCUCGUAACGGCGUGCCAGUCAGCGUCACAGACAACAUGCUCUGUGCAAGCCAAAAGCCUGACUAUGGACCCUCUAACAUAUGUCCCUCUGACACUGGGGGAAUACUUGUCCUCCCUGCUCUCUCUGAGAGCCAAACCGGCAACAACCGUAAGCCAUCUCUGUGGAGACUCCUGGGACUGGUAAGCUUUGGUUAUGACCAAGGGGAGUGUGAUCCUGACCUCUACACAGUCUAUACACAUGUAGGCAACUUCAAAGACUGGAUAGAGAGCCAUAUGAAAUAAAAAUCCUACUGUCUGACUCUCUUGCCCCCCAUGCUUUUGAAAUAUUUAAAGUCAGUCUAUUCAUCCUCUCUAAUUGUUUUUUUCCUGGUCUCAUGCACAAGGGCAUUUUCUAACUCAAUGCAGAUGCACUGCAAACACUGGACAACACAGUGCUCUAACUGAGGGGGGUGCUAACACAUUGGAUGUGCAGGGCAGCAACCUUUCAUCAGAAGACUUCAGUAUUCAGGUCCCUCAACCUGAGGUUACAGACUUGAAAAUGACCAGAGAACCAUUUCAAGCCUCUGGCCUGAUGAUGGUUUUUAUUGUACUCAUUGGUAUGUAUAUAUGUUGUAAUGUACUGAAUUAUUCUAUCAAUUCAUAUGACGAAAGAGAUGUACAUAUUGUAUUGAAAGACAGAAAAAUCAUGAAGUUUUUAAUUAAAGAAAAUAUGGGUGUGGGAAA